AUGAAGUUCGCCAAAGAGCUGGAGAGAGAUGCUGUUCCAGAAUGGCGCAUCAAAUAUCUCAACUACAAGGCGGGCAAAAAGUACGUCAAGGCCGUGGCCCGCGCCGUCAACAGAGCCAAUGGCACCACGCCAAAGCUGCGCGGCAGCCGAGGGGCGUCUCUGUUCGGACAACCGCCUAACAGCAACACCCAGCCGACCUUGCGAACGACCUUCAACGACCGCGAAUACCGAGACUCUCUUCUGUCAGGACCUACAUCGUCGUGCCGCCCGCCCGCCUACACCUCGGGCACGCCGUACGAGGUGCGGCCGUCCCCGGCGCGCGCUGUGCCGGUCCGGAGCGGCAAGGGAGGCGAGGACGAUGCCCUGAACCGGGGUCCCGACACCACUUUGCAAUAUGGAAGCUUCGUGCCGACGCCGCCCAACCCGAGCCCGUUGGCACAACGGAGCCACAGUGACGAAUUUGAGCUGCCGGCACCGGCUAUGCGCCCCGCGCCGGAUGCAUCGUCGCCCGACGCCACCGUGCGAACCCGCGAUUGGGCGCACAAUCCGAAAACGCCGCCAUCGGCUGAGAGACGGAACGCGAGUACCAUCCUGCCAGUCUCGCAGUCCAAUGGCUCUUUGAGUUCGAGCUGGAAUAAACACAAGCGUCGCGGUAGCACCGCCGAUCAGCAUCAGCCUUCACCAUUGCGGCGCAUAUUUUCCUACUCGCCCACACUGACACGGAAUGCCUCGGCAACGACACUCGGCAUGGAGCCGUUCGACCUGGUGCGGGAGAGGGAGCAUGAUUUCUAUGAGUUUAUGGAUUCGGAGCUCGAUAAAGUCGAGUCCUUUUACAAACUCAAAGAGGAGCAGGCGGGCAAACGACUAGAGCUGCUGCGGGAGCAGCUCCACGAGAUGCGCAACCGCCGACUACAAGAAAUUGUCCCUGCCCCGACCAAUGCGCCGACGCAUGAACACCUGGCGCUGUACGGCAACGACUCGGACAGCGGAACGGACCGCAGCGGACACCACUGGAUGCCCUCCAUCAAGACGAAGCUGUUCCCGCCGGGGCCCAACUCAAACGCGCUACGCACCAUGCCCAACACGCCGUACAUGAGCGGCCGCGUGCGGCCGCCUGCCGGGCCCGGCGAAGGGCAGCGCGACUACAUCCGCCGGCCCGACGAGCACGACGUCUCGUACCGCACCGCCAAGCGCAAGCUCAAGCUGGCACUGCAAGAGUUUUACCGCGGCCUGGAGCUGCUCAAGUCGUACGCGCUCCUCAACCGGACCGCGUUCCGCAAGAUCAACAAGAAAUUUGACAAGGCCGUCCACGCGCGGCCGCCGCUGCGCUACGUCAACGAAAAAGUCAACAAGGCGUGGUUCGUCAACAGCGACCUGCUCGAGGGUCACAUCAAGGCCGUCGAGGACCUGUACGCACGCUACUUUGAGCGCGGCAACCACAAGCUCGCCGCCGGCAAGCUUCGCAGCCUCGCUCACAAGACGAGCGACGAGUCGGGUAGCUCCUUUCUCAACGGCUUCCUCAUCGGCACCGGCAUCGUCUUUUCCGUGCAGGGGCUCGUCUACGGCGUGCAGCUCCUGUACGAUGACGACCCACGGCGGCGGCUGCACACAAGCUAUCUCUUGCAGAUUUACGCCGGCUACUUUCUCAUGCUGCUGCUCUUUGCCUUUUUCUGCCUCAACUGCUACGUCUGGACCAGAUGCAAGGUCAACUACCCCUUCAUCUUUGAGCUCGACCCACGCUCCCGCAUCGACUGGCGCCGCAUGGCCGAGUUUCCCAGCUUCUUCUUGCUCAUCUUUGGCGUCGUUAUGUGGGCCAAUUUUAGCCGGUACGGCGCUGAGAGUCUGUAUCUGUAUUUCCCCGUCGUGUUGAUUGCGCUCACAGCGCUCGUCAUCUUCUUGCCGCUGCCGCUGCUCGCGCACAAGAGCCGUCGGUGGUUUGCGUACUCGCACUGGCGCUUGCUGCUCGCGGGCAUCUACCCCGUCGAGUUUCGCGACUUUUUCCUCGGCGACAUGUACUGCUCCCUGACGUACUGUAUGGCCAACGUCGAGCUCUUCUUUUGCCUGUACACCAAUAACUGGGAGAAUCCCGCGCAGUGCAACUCGAACCACUCGCGGCUGCUCGGCUUCCUGACGACGCUGCCAGCGCUCUGGCGCUUCUUUCAGUGUCUCCGCCGUUACAAGGACACGCGCAACGUGUUUCCGCAUCUCGUCAACGGCGGCAAGUAUUCCAUGACAAUCUUGUCCAAUGUGCUGCUGUCGAAUUUCCGCAUACACCGCACCAAUACCAACAUGGGGCUGUUCAUCUUCUUCUCCGUUGUAAACAGCAUUUACUGCUCCAUCUGGGAUCUCUUUAUGGAUUUCUCUCUGCUCCAGUUCCAUUCGCGCCACUUUUGGCUGCGCGACAUCCUGGCCCUCAAGUCUAAGUGGCCCUACUACUUCAUUAUGACCGUCGACCCCGUCCUCCGCUUCAGCUGGAUCCUGUACGUGGUCCUGCCCAAGGACGCGAACCACUCAACCAUCUUUUCCUUCGGCGUCGCGCUCCUGGAGGUGACGCGGCGUGGCAUGUGGGCGCUAUUCCGCGUCGAAAAUGAGCACUGCGCCAACGUCGGCCAAUACAAGGCCUCGCGCGACGUCCCGCUGCCGUACCGCAUCGAGCCGCUAAUUACGCAGAACACACCCAGCGCCGGGUCAUCGCCCAUGAUUGACCCCGACGGCAAGCAGCAGCAGCAGCAGCCAGGCGACGUCGACACGGCCGCGGCGCUCAAACGCGCCGAAGCCACCCACUCUUCCUCCUCUGCCGGCACCGGACCGUCUGCGGCGUCCACCACGACGCCCCUCGAGCCCAGCGCCCCCAGCGCCGCGCACACACAGACCGUAGGGCCGCAGCGACAUGCUUCAUCGGCCACCACUGCACCCACCGGCGGCGGUGCCGGCGCCUUUUCCACGGCUACGAGCGCCACCGCCGUUGCGAGCACGUCCCAGAGUGGCGGCCUGUUUCGGCGCCGCACCGACUCGGCGCGCACUUUUUCCAAGAUGCUCGCGGACGCGCACACGCAGGAUUUCGAGAAAAAGCGAAAGAAGAAGAAGCGCGACGGCGACGGCCACCCCGACGCGGAUGGUGUCGCGGCUGUGGAGAGUGACGAUGGCGAGGAUGACGAUGACAGCGACGACGAGUCGCCAGAUGAGCGUGCGAUGAUGCUCCGAGAAAGCGCGCGACUGAUGCGCAGAGGGGACGGCGGCGCCAUUAUGGAGGAGGAGGUAUAG